AUUUGUACAUCGAGAACAUGCUAACAGUAAAUAGAUUGAAAAUGGCGUCGUUUUGCCGAUCAAAUAAAAUAUUUUAAUCUUUUCAUCAAAAAAUUCUUCUGAUCAUAUGUUUUCGACUAUUUCUCUCUCAAUUAAGUUUUAUAUUAUUCGGAACAUAACAUUUAAACGGCGUCAGUGUUUAAGUGGCUUAAUUCAGUUGUAAAUUGUAAAAAGUAGUGGAAAAAUGUGUUGUAUUUUAUGUUGAGUGUUUUAAAUCACGUUUACAUGAAUUUAUCUUGGAUCUCGAGGGCGAGAUGUUAUCGACGGUGGAGGAGAGCCGGGGCUACGACUUCCAGGACCCGGAGAACGCCAAGAAAUGGCGCGGGCUCUUCGUUGGCUCACUCCGAAAGGUGCUGGAGCAGGUGCACCCGUCGCUGACCGCGGAGGAGAGUGCCCUGGAGUUUGUCGAGUCCCUCUGUCUGAGACUCCUCGCUACGCUCUGCGCCCACCCUUCACCACUCUGCGUACAGGAUGUAGAAGAGCGCGUGGCCCGAACCUUCCCAACUCCGAUAGACAAGUGGGCGCUGUGCGACGCUCGCGACGCCGCCGCCAGCGCCACCAAGCGGCGGAAGCUGUUACUACCGCAAGACCGCCUGCAUCAGAUGCUGCAGAAGGAGGUGCUAAUGUACAAAAUCGACACGUCCGUGUCCGUGUUCAUGACCGCCAUAUUGGAAUACGUGAGCACGGACAUACUGCGGCUGGCGGGGCAUUUUGUGAAGAAGAUAUCCGCCAAGUCCGGCUACGAGACCAUCACUAGCGGGGACAUCAAGACCGCCAUGUGUGCGGACAAGGUUCUUCUAGACAUGUUCUAUCAGGAGUCCCUGGCGGGUGUGGUGACCUCGGACCGGCGGGGCCGGCGCGGGUCCCUGUCCUACGCGGAGCUCGCGAGAGACCUCCUCACAGACGAGAAACACUUCCUGAGAGACCUGCAUCUGAUCAUAAGGGUGUUCAAGGAUGAACUGGAGAAGAUACUGGAUAAGGACACUAGGACGAUCUCUCUAAUCUUCGGCAACAUUGUGGACAUCUACGAGCUGACCGUGACAUUAUUGGGUAAUUUGGAAGACGCCAUGGAAAUGUCGCAAGACUCACCCACGCCGUAUAUAGGCAGCUGUUUCGAAGAAUUAGCUGAAGUGGAGGAGUUUCGAGCAUACGUAAGAUACGCGAAUAUCGUGACGAGAAAGGAAUCCAGGGACGCGCUACAGAAUAUCGUCGCAGAGCCCGCUUUCUCUGAGCGCCUCGACACCGCCGGCCACGGGUUCCGUCUCGCCGUCAAGUACUACCUCCCGAAGCUGUUACUGGCCCCUGUAGCCCAUGUCUUCCUGUACCAUAGUUACGUACUGGCGAUGUUGCAAGUGGCGCCCGCUACCGAUGAUAGGGAGAGCUUUAAACAGGUGGAAUGCAACCUCCAUCCUAUAAAAAAGUUACUCAUGAAAGCAUUAGGAAACGGACCCAAAAUUGACAUGGCGUUACGAAUGGCGGCGAGAGCGCGUCGGCAGUUAGCGAUAGAAAAAUGUAACGAAUUGGCCAGGCUAGUCGAUAACUGGGACAAAAGCGAAACGGGACAGUGUUGUAAUGAAUUUAUAAGAGAGGACACGCUAUCAAAAAUCGGGCCUGGCAAACGGAUAGCGGAAAGAAGAGCUUACCUUUUUGAUGGCUUAUUACUUCUGUGCAAGCCAAUCACUAGUAUAGUGGGCGUGGGCGGCGCGGGCGCGGGCGGCGGCGCGGGCGCGCAGCAGCUCAAGCUGAAGGAGAAGCUGCACGUGCGCAAACUCGAGCUCGUCGACCGCCCCGACAGCGACGAAGCGAAGCACUGCUUAGAGCUACUACCGCGCGCGGGUCCGCCCGUCGUGCUAGCGUGCGCGUCCUGCCAGGAGAAGCGGAACUGGAUGUGCGACCUCGUCAUGCUCAACACCAAACCCAUGCUGGACCGCUCUCUAGACAGCAUACUACUAGACCUAGAAAAACGUCACCCCCUCAAACUACCCCCACCGGAGCUAUACAGGUUCGCGGUCCCGGACUCGCCUGACAACAUCCGGUUAGAGGAGAGACAGGGGAACGCGCCCGCCCCUUUAAUAAAGGGCGCAACUCUUCUAAAACUAGUAGAACGGCUAACCUACCACAUAUACGCGGACCUGAACCUAGUACGAACGUUCCUGACGACGUAUAGAUCAUUCUGCUCCCCCUCGGAGUUACUGGGACUGCUGAUCGAGAGGUUCCAUAUACCGGACCCUAGCGAGGUCUACGAGACACACAUACCAGCAGAAAGCAUAGAGAGCGUAGCGAGUGACGCAGAGAAACUUAGCAAAAACACGGCCCGGGAAGACUGGAAGAGGUAUAGAAAAGAAUUCCAACAGCCCGUCAAAUUCAGAGUAAUAAACGUACUCCGUCACUGGGUGGACCAGCAUUUCUACGACUUUGAACGAGAACCGCCACUGCUAGAAAGGCUCAAGGCUUUCCUGGAGUCCGUCGACGGGCGGCCCAUGAGGAAAUGGGUGCAGAGCGUGCUCAAGACUGUGCAGAGAAAGAGCGAAAAAUCGGAAUCCGACGCUGGCGUGUCCCACGUGUUCUCAAAACCCCCGCCCCGUGUCAUUAGCCACGUGGCCAAUCCUGAGCUACACAACUGGCAUCCCCUGGCGUUGCAUCCCUUAGAACUAGCCAGACAACUGACCCUUAGAGAGUUCCAACUGUAUAGACAGGUAAAACCUUCGGAGCUAGUGGGGGCGGUGUGGACGAAGAAAGACAAAGAAAAAACGAGUCCAAAUCUAUUGAAAAUUAUCAAACAUACGACAAAUUUCACACGGUGGAUGGAGAAAUGGAUAGUCGAAAGCGAAAACCUAGAGGAGCGAGUUGGCGUCGUCUGCCGGUUCUUAGAACUCGGCUGCGCGUUGAGAGACCUCAACAACUUUAAUGGCGUCCUGUGUGUCGCCGCGGCCGCUGGCUCCGCGUCCGUUCACCGGCUCAGGGCCACGUUCCAGAUGGUCCCGCCCCGGUUACUCCGACACCUCGAAGAGUUCCGAGAACUGAACUCAGACCAUUUCCGGCGGUACCAAGAAAGGUUGAGAAGCAUCAACCCGCCCUGCGUGCCGUUCUUUGGCAUGUACCUCACGAAUAUACUGCACAUUGAAGAGGGGAACAGAGAUUUCCUACCCGAUUCGGACAACAAACUAAUAAACUUCUCGAAACGGAGAAAAGUGGCCGAGAUCACCGGCGAGAUCCAGCAAUACCAGAACCAACCUUACUGCCUCACGGUGGAGCCUAAAACUAGGGCAUUCCUAGAAGCACUAGACCCGUUCCCCGGUCUAGAUGAGAAUGAAGUGACCAAUUACCUGUACGCGAAGAGCUUGGAGAUAGAACCUAGGCCGCCUGUCAAACAGAUGCCUAAGUUUCCCCGUAAAUACCCGGAGUUGUCACUCAAACCGGUGAAAGUGUCGCGGCGACAACACGCGCCGCGCGACAACGACACGCACAACAACAACGACGACACGCUGAGUGUGUCCCAGCUGUCGCCGACGAGCAGCGUCAGCACGUGGGACGGUGCGUCCGUGUCGUCUCUCUCGCUCUCCGAACACAGAGGAUCACGGUGGGACGACGGCAGGAACUCUCUAGUGUCGCCGAGACUGGAGCGGUCGGCCAGCAACACGUUCAGCCAACUCAGCCUGUUUGACAAGGGGCUAGCUCUGUUCGACAAGGCGAAGACGAGUAGUAGAUGCGACGAGCCGCCCUCACCGCGGGCGAUAGAGCGGCACUCGCCCAGGCACGAAAGGUGA